AUGCCUGAAACAAAAGGCUUUCAAACUAAAGGAAAGAAGGUUAUCUUUAGAGAAUUAAGACAUUGUAUACAAAAUAGUAAAGUAAGACAAAAACAGAGAAAUUCUCUAUUAAAAAAGCCACAUUCAUUACGGGUCAAAAACACAGAAUGUAUGGCUACGAUUCACCUUCGGCUUGAACAUUGGCAUCUUCAUACUACUCAUCCACUUGAGAUUGGCAUUAAAUUCAUACAUAAUCAUGUUGUCCAUUCUGCCGAGUCACUUAGCUUUCGUCGCAUUAAAGAUGAUAUUCGUAAUCAAUAUCUUGAACUUUUUGUGAAUAGUCAUUUACCUGCAACUGCUUUGCAAACUUUUGAAGAUAAUCUUUACUUACGUGCAGAUAAUGAUCUUGUACAAUUAUUGGCAGAUUGUGCACAAAACCCAGACUAUGAAUAUGUCUUACAUCUAUUUAAACAAUAUUGUAACAAGCAUCUUGGAGGUCAAAAUGGUGUAUUAAUAUUUGAACAUCUUAGAGAAAAAGUUAAUCAUUACAAUAAUUCAGGGAAAGGCUGUGCUAUACUUCAAGAAUAUAAUUCACUAUUAGGAAAGAGGUUUUUAUGCCCUAGCUGGGAUGCUAUUGAUGCAGAGAAAAUUCAACAAACUAAAGUAUUUACAGAGUAUUUAGUACCAAGUCAAAAGAGUAAUAAUUCAUUUGUUGAAGCAAUUAAGCAUGAUUAUGAAAAUUGUGGGCCAGAACUUCAAACUGCUCUUAACAAGUUCGCCAAACAAUACAAUAUGGCGAAGGCUAAAUCCGUUCCAGCCUUAACAACCUUUUUGUAUAACAUUAAUCAUAAUACUAAUCCGCUUGUCUAUAUGAGAAGUGGAGCCAAAAUUCAUAUGCAAGUAGAAUCAGUAAAGUGA